UAAUGCCGCUCGUGGGCAUCGGAAAAAAAACCGCCCCUAUACUGGAAUUUUACCUAAACUUAUAGUUUACAUAUUUUAUUUUUCAAAAUAAACUAUAACUAAUUUAUUGCGGAAACUUUAUCAUAUGUCAUAUAUUCCAAAAACAUCAAUUUUUUUUUUUCUAAUAUGGGUGACUCAUAAUUAUAUUCCAUAAAAUAAUAAUAAUUAAAGUUAUUUAAUUAUAGAAAUUAGAAAAAUCGAAUAUCAAUUAAAUCAUUUUGAUUAUUAAUUUUUAUCAAAGGUGCCAAAACUAUAAUUCACAAAUAAUGGAUGAAUAGAAUCUCUUGAAUUAUCAAUUAAAAAGAAAAUUAUUUAUUGAGCAAUCCUGAUACGACUAAAAACAAAAAUUUUUACUUUAAAAAUUUUGCCGUCAUAAAAAAUUUGACGCCCUGGGCACUAACCCCGACUGCCCCUAGUGUAAAUCCACCACUGGACUUAAGAAAACUGGACUCUGCCGUGCAUGCGUUUAUUUUCAAAGUUGACCCCUUCAAGGGGGCUAACCUGUGUUCACGACUCGUCCUCGCUCGAUCGCGUGGCGUCCGCUGGUGCCAACGUACUGCGUUUCCAUUGCGUCACCCGCCACUAGCUUGUAGACCACUUGCUUAUAAACUGAGAAGAGUUUAAAGCCGAUAUCACUGCGUUUACGCAUUCCCCUCCGGUGGGCCUUUCAAACGCAUCACAGUACUUAAUAAAUUAUUUUUCUAAAAAUAAAAUAAUUACACACUGUUUUUUUUUUUAUAAUCAAUAUUUUAAAAUGAAGUUAGAAAAGUGUUUAACUGAGGAGAACAUUAAUCAGAAUUUACUGAAUAUCCAGUAUGCGGUCCGUGGACCUAUCUUGCAGAGGGCUUUGCAGAUCGAAAGAGAGUUAGUCAAGGGGGUUCCGAAGCGCUUCGAGCGUGUGGUGAGAGCUAACUGCGGCGACUGUCACGCUCUCGGACAGAAACCCAUCACAUUCAUAAGACAGGUAUUAGCCCUAGUGUCAUUCCCGGAACUGAUCUCGUCUCGUCUUGAUAUCCCUCAAGACGUGAAGGACAGAGCCAAAGAGCUACUCGACGACUGCACGAAAGGUUCAGUGGGAUCGUAUUCUCCAUCCAACGGUCUCAACUUGGUGCGAUCUCGUGUCGCACAGUACAUCACGAACAGAGACGGUGUGCCUUCCAACCCUGACGAUAUUUACCUGGGAUCUGGCGCCUCUGAUGUUAUUAAAUCAGUCCUAACUCUGUUUGUUGAGGAUGUGGGAGGAAAGCCCCCCGCUGUGAUGGUGCCGAUCCCUCAGUACCCAUUGUUUUCGGGCACUCUCUCAGAGCUAGGUGUUCGACAGGUCGACUAUUACCUUGACGAGGAACACGACUGGGCUCUUCAGAUCUCAGAGCUAGAAAGGAGCUGGCGAGAGGCCAGUAUUGAGAGUAAUGUGCGGGCUCUUGUUGUGAUCAACCCUGGAAAUCCUACAGGACAGGUGUUAACCCGCGAUAAUAUUGAACAAAUCAUCAAAUUUGCUUACGAGCGUAACUUGUUCAUUCUGGCUGACGAAGUAUACCAGGAGAACAUCGUGAGCAAGCCGUUUCAUUCCUUUAAAAAGGUAAUGUUCGAAAUGGGUGCACCAUACUCCCGCAUGGAAUUGGCUAGUUUCUUGACGGCCUCAAAAGGCUGGGCAGCUGAGUGUGGCUUGAGGUCGGGAUACGUGGAGCUACUGCAUCUCCAACCAUCAGUGCAGAAAACGUUCAAUACAAUGAGGUCUGUCAUGCAGUGCCCCUCGGUUUUGGGACAGUGCAUUUUGGAUUGCGUGAUGAAGCCUCCGUCUCCCGGAAAACCCUCACACAAUCAGUUCAUCAAUGAAAUUAGAGACAUUCAUCAAGUAUUAAAGGAACGCACUGCAACCGCUUACAAAACCUUCAACUCAAUACCAGGAUAUUUCUGCAAUCCAAUCGACGGUUCGAUGUUCGCAUAUCCUCGUAUAGAAAUUCCAGUAGAAGCCCAAUUAGAAGCAAAAAAACUGAACAUGAGUCCUGAUGAGUUCUACUGCCUUAGGCUGUUAGAGGAAACUGGAGUGUGUGUGAUCCCGGGUACGGGAUUCGGGCAGCUUCCAGGAUCAUUCCAUUUCAGAACUACGAUACUCCACCCCAAGGACGAAUUCCAGUACAUGAUGGACUCUAUAAGACGUUUCCACUUGAACUUCAUGCAGUUAUAUCCUUAGAAAAAGUAUUUAGAUUUAGCAUUGAAUGAAUUUAGCAUUGUAGAUCUUUGAUGGUGCUUGAUGAGACUCUCGUGACCUACUUGAUUUUCCCGUCUUAGCUUUAAAGGUCAAGGUGAAAUGGGUUAACUACAGUAUCGAAGCCGUCAAACCAAAAUCUCCCAUGUGCAAAAACUCAAUUUUGAAUGAAUGAGUAAAACAUUUUUUUUAUAAAAUUUUAUAUGAAGGUGAAUUUUUAAGAACUAUAUCAAAUGAAAGCUAUAGAUAAAUAUUAAAGCUAUAGACACAUAACAGUUCUUUUUUUAUAUGGUAGAUAUGGGCUGUGAACUAUACGAAAAGGUCAAAAAGUAAAAAUCACAAAAAGUGCACAUAGCAGAUUUUGGUUUGACAACGACGAUAUGUUCAUUCUCCCGUUGUUCUAGUGUUGAAUGUAACUAACUAACUGUCUAGUUGUUUUUGAAAGGUUGUAUUUUAUAAGCAGUUAGGAUGCUUCCCCAAACAAAUAUCACCCAAGAAUGUCUAUUGAAGCUCUGUGGAUACAACGCCUGCCCAUCCAUGCUAGUCGAAUUAAACAUAUCUUAAUUACAUAUAGUAAAUUGUAACUAUACUUGAACUUAUAUGUCAAGGUGGGAGGCGCAUUAGAUGUCUAUGGUCUUCUGUAACCACUUAACACCAGGUGGGCUGUGAGCUCGUCCAACCAUCUAAGCAAUAAAAAAAAAUGUAGGACAAGAAUUUAUAGAACAACAUUAAAAUGGUAUUGUUUAGAUCGUAAUCUAGUAACGUAAUAACGUAGUAUCUAAUUUACAGUAGUAGUAUAGUAGUAUUUAGUAUUAGUAGUUGUAAUCUCUUAUGUACGAAUUAAUUCUGGUGUCCUUAAUCUGAAAAAGAAAUUAGUUAAUUAUUAGUAGUUUUAGUUCGAGUGUCCUUGGUUAAAAGUAAGUUCGCGAUAAUUAACUCCGCCGCUCCACGGGGCGCCGGGCGUGCUGUCGGCGUAUUGUCGGCGUAUUGUCGGCGUAUUGUCGGCGUAGUGUCGGCGUAGAGCCGAGUCAAAUGCCUUUGUAUAACAUCGGAACAUUUCAUUACUGUGUUUCGAAUACUCCACUUUCAUGUUAAUAAUUUUUAUAACGUUAAUAAUAAAAAAGCUAUAAACUAAAAAA